GCUCACACUCCUAAUCCCUCUCAAGUUUUCAAACCAAUCUCUCUCUCUCUCUCUCUCUCUAAGUCUUUAACAAUGGCGCGCCUUCUCUUCCGUCUUCUCCAAGAAACCAAUUCUACAUCUCCGACGGAAGCUCCUCCACCUUUCAACUCCGACCUCGUCCUCAUCCUCGCAGUUCUUCUUUGUGCACUGACAUGUAUCAUCGGCUUAAUCGCCGUCUCUCGAUGCGCAUGGCUCCGCCGUAUCGCCUCAAGAAACAGAUCGGAUCAAACUCAUCCACCGCCGGUAGCUGCGGCUAACAAAGGUUUGAAAAAGAAAGUCCUCCGAUCGUUACCGAAACUCACUUACUCGCCGGAUUCUCCGCCGGCGGAGAAACUCGUGGAGUGUGCCAUCUGUUUAACGGAAUUCGUCGCCGGAGACGAGCUUAGGGUGUUGCCGCAGUGUGGACAUGGUUUCCACGUAUCCUGUAUCGACACGUGGCUUGGAUCACACUCUUCUUGUCCUUCUUGCCGUCAAAUCUUGGUGGUUGCCAGGUGUCAUAAAUGUGGCGGGUUACCCGGUAGCUCAAGCUCAGGAUCCGAACCCGAUACCCGAAUCAAGCAACGUGAAGAUGAUCCUGAUAACUUCUUACCUUGAUUCUUUUUUUUAGACAUAUCCCAUUUUAUUUUUUAUUAAUGGAUUUCGGUUAUAAUAUUAAAAAGUGUUCUUUAUCAUUUUAAAGGAUAAUGUUACUCUGUCAUGUAUAUAUGUUUAUCUAUUGUAAAUUUAUAAUGAAAUGGAAGUUUAUCU